GCGAUGGCCAUUGGGAAGGAACCUGUAAAUUCUGUGAAAAAUUUUAUUCACGCGCCAAACCGAAUACUUUACGUGCACAUCUUGCUAAUAGCUGUAAAAAUAUUUCUGAGGAGUGGCGACGCCAUUUUAACUAUAUUUUAGUUAAUAAUUUAGAAGAUAUCCCAACUGAUGAGCCUCUUUAUGGCAUGCCAAAUUCUACCUUAUCUGUGAUUAAAGGGAAAAAAGCAGAUAAGCAAUUAACUAAUUGGUUCGAUUCUCAUACAUUUGCAGAAAGAAUGAUCCAGCAUGCUAAUAAAAUAACAAAAUUUUUUAAGAAAUCUCAUAGAGCCGCAGCUGUUUUAAAUCAAAAAAUUUUACAAUAUCAGAUUAGUGGUGGUGGUCUUAAAACAUAUGAUAUUCAAGAAAAUCAUUCUGAAAUUAUCAACCCUGCUAUUUUAAUAAUUCUUCAUAGCCGAGGCUUUUUUUCUGAUAUGCAAUAUCUUUCAGAUGUUUUACUGCCAAUUAAGGAUGCAAUCUUGUCCAUUGAAGCCAAUCGUUCUACACUUGCUGAUUGUUAUAUUAAUUUAAUAAAAAUCGCUGCGGCAAUACAAAAUCUUCUGGCUAAUGAGUAUAAAGGAUUUCGCAAUGAUUGUAUUAAAAAAUUUAAAAAUCAGUUUGAAGAAUUUAAUGAUCCUGCUUAUCAACUUGCAUAUUUUCUUCACCCAGCAUAUAAAGGUCAAAUGGGUAAAAAUAAGGAGAGUUGUGAAGUUUUAAUAAUGCAAUUGCGUUGGUAUAAAGAACAAGAACAAUAUAUAAAUGGAGUUCCAAAUCCUUAUAUUGCCCCUUACACGAUUGGUAGUGAUACACCAUUAAU